GCGGGGCGGCGGCUGGCGGAGCCGUCGGUGUCGCCGCUGUGGUUCCGCGCCGGCCGCGGUCGGAGGCGAGUCAGGACCGCGGACAGCGCCCCCCCCGCGCCGCCCCGCGCCCACCAUGACGGCGGAGACCCACCUGCAGGGCGUGGAGAUCUCGGCCGCCCAGUUCUUCGAGAUCUGGCACCACUACGACUCCGACGGCAAUGGGUUCAUGGACGGCAAGGAGCUACAAAACUUCAUCCAGGAGCUGCAGCAGGCACGCAAGAAGGCAGGCUUGGAUUUAACACCUGAAAUGAAAGCUUUUGUGGACCAAUACGGGAAAUCUACUGAUGGAAAAAUAGGUAUAGUUGAGCUUGCUCAGGUAUUGCCAACGGAAGAGAAUUUCCUGUUGUUCUUCAGAUGCCAGCAGCUAAAGUCGAGUGAAGAUUUCAUGCAGACAUGGAGGAAAUAUGACAGUGACCACAGUGGCUUCAUUGAUUCUGAGGAGCUUAAGAGCUUCUUGAAAGAUUUAUUACAGAAAGCAAAUAAGCAGAUUGAAGACUCCAAGCUAACAGAGUACACAGAAAUAAUGCUCAGGAUGUUUGAUGCAAACAAUGAUGGAAAGUUGGAGCUGACUGAACUGGCCAGACUGCUCCCUGUACAGGAAAAUUUUCUUAUUAAAUUUCAGGGUGUCAAAAUGUGUGCAAAAGAAUUCAAUAAUGCCUUUGAGAUGUAUGAUCAAGAUGGCAAUGGCUAUAUAGAUGAAAACGAACUUGAUGCCCUACUGAAGGAUCUCUGUGAAAAGAACAAAAAGGAAUUAGACAUUACCAACCUUGCAACAUACAAGAAAAGCAUCAUGGCCUUGUCUGAUGGAGGAAAGCUUUACCGAGCAGAAUUGGCUCUUAUUCUCUGUGCUGAGGAAAACUAGAGCUCUUCUAUCAUGUCCACUUAACUAGUGAUGUACUCUACACAAUAACUGUGCACUAUAAGGGAGUAGGCUGUAUUUUUAAACUGCAUAUAGAAAAUUAGCCAGGAUGUGUGGCACAUUCCUUUCAGUUUGUUUCUAUACUGUUUGUAAUGUACAGUUUUUGUAACAAUAAGAUUGAUAAAGAGAAUGUCAGUGUUUGGGCCAGUCUGUAUAUUCAAAAAGAAACUAAAUAUGUCAGGGUUGGUUUUGGUUGGGUUUUUGCUUUCAUAAACAUGGCUGGAGAAAAAUGAAACCUGCUGACAUUGCUAUGGUCAUCAUAUCCUUUGACACUUGCAACAUUUCUUGUUAAACUACAUAACAAAAAGAUCUACACAUAAACACAUAUCUUUCCCAAAACAAAUAAAUGUGGGGUUUUUAAAUAUGAGACAUGAAUUCUGAUUAAAUAUGAUCUAGGUCUGAAAAAGGAAAGAGACAUUGGCAUGUCUGAUUUCAAAAAUUUAAUAAGGCACUAAGAAAUAUUUUGAGUUGUUAAACCACCCACUUACAGGUCUGUACUCUCUGCAGUCUUACAAUUACUCUUUUCAUUGCAAAUUCAUAGCAUAUAGACAAAGCAUUUAUCUGGAAUAGAUCUCCAUGCAGUAGUUGAUAAAAAUAUAGUGUUCUCAAUCUAGCUGUUUUACUGAAUUUAAACAUAGGCACUUCAGAAAUAAAUGCCUUUAAUCUGUCUUGAAAUCCUGGCUAAAUGACAGGUAGUAUAGUUAAUACACAGAUUAACAUAUGAUAUUAUAAGUGUACCUUUCAUGACUAUUGCUGUGUCAGAGAAUAUGACAAUCCAUUUUCUAAACUAUUUUCACAUUUUGCAGGUUAUAAUUAUUCUAGUAAAUUGCUGUUUUUACAUCAUAUUCUGUGUAAUCUAUAAUUAAAUUUAAUAUCCUAAGAUAAUUGGUGUCUAGUUUGUGUAUCUCCUGGAUUCUUGUAUCUGUACCAUGUAAAGGACAAACUAUUUUAAACAAAUGUGCCUCCUUGGAUCUUACACUGAAUUAUUAGUCUAUCUCACUAGCAUUAAAAUUUGACAUUAAAUGAAAAAAUAACACAGAUUUUAUAACAAUUUAGUAAUUUAGUUUACAUGGUGGGCUCUGCUUUUUAUUAUAUUAGAGAUGUAUUUUUUAAAUGAGAACUAUACUAUGAAGCAGCCCUAUCUCCUUGCAUACUUGGGGUGUUUUUUGGUCUGGCUCCCUUUUUACUUUACACCAAUUUUAUGCCAGACAACCUCAUGAAUGUCCAGGCCACUGCUCCCAGUAAGUACUGGAGAAGGAAGAGAAAUUGGGCUGUCUCUUAAUGCCAAUAAACCUAUGCUGCCUCCAUGUACAACUGUUUUGGAAGAAAUUCCAGCUUAGCAGAUUAGCUAUAUACAACUUCUCAGAUGCACUUCUGUGUCUUAUUUACAUUAUGGAAGCAAAUGCAUUUUAUUUGAAAUGUGUCUCAAACAAUGAGGCUCAAUCCUUUAAGACUACAGUCAAUGAACUCCCACUGAAGCGAAUCCUUGAAUUCCUCAGGUGAACUCAGGCAACUAAAUACCAUUGCAGGAAUGGCCUAAUGGCCUUGGGCUCUCUCCGGCCUAAGCCUCAGAAAGUUAAAGGGUGGUGCUGAAUGGGGUGUUGCUGGGAAUAAAAAACCACACAAAAAGCUAAAAUAAGGUGAAGCCAGUUCAUUCUCACUGUUUUACUCCCACUCCAUGCACAGUGAUUUAACGUCUUACCUGCUUGUCUCCUCUUUUCUCUAUGCAAUGUGAAAUACAAUUGUGUACAUGAAGUGAAGGAAAAGUGAAUCUGCCUAUCAGUACAAUAAAUGAUUGAUAUUGUUCAUAUUGUCCACUUGAAA